CUUCAACGUUUGCGGCGCAUAGUAUAAAACAGUUCACAACUCAGAGUCGCCGAGGUCGUAUUUCAAUGCUAUUUGGGCGCAGGCAACUCACGGACACGACUCCAACGACUCCGAGAGGCUGCGCGAGGAGCACACAAAAAAGUUCAAAGCUAGAUGUGCUAUUCUGCUGUAUCACACUGUCGGGCGCUCCCCAGUUUCCUCGCCGAUGAGUCCGGAUGACUGACCGGGUUGCCUCCAAGCCAGAAGUUGGGCGUCCCGACCGAAAGCUGGGAUAUAUCGUCAUUAAUGGCCGGGCAUGUGCGAUAUGGCUACCAGAGUUCCUGCGACUUCGAAGUUGCACCUGCAACAAAGCGAGGAUGAGGCGACUCUGGCCAAGCUAGGAUACAAGCAGGAGUUUCGCAGGGAAUUUACUCCGCUAGAGGUGUUUGGACUUGCAUUCAGCUAUACAGGACUGCUGCCUGGUAUAGCCUCCAUGCUCUUCUAUGCCAUACCAAAUGGUGGGCCUGUCGCUAUGGUUUGGGGAUGGGCAAUUGCUUGCCCUUUCAUCAUGUGCAUCGGUUUGGCGCUGUCAGAACUUGCGUCAGCGGCGCCUACUUCUGGUGGCCUAUACUAUUGGACUUACUCCCUUGCUUCCCCGCGGUGCCGCAAUUUUCUGUCUUGGACAGUUGGCUAUGCAAACACCAUAGAGAAUAUCACGGGAGUCGCUUCCAUAAACUGGGCUUGCGCGAUUCAAAUCACAGCAGCGAUCGGCAUCGCCACUAACGAGUCAUAUGCGACUACAAAUGGACAGCUCUACGGUAUAUACGCAGCUCUGGUACUGUCACAAGCCGUCCUCGUGAGCCUGGGUACCAAAGUCUUGGCAAGACUGCAGAGACUGUACACGUUGGUAAAUUUGUGCCUUUGCUUCAUAGUCAUUAUCGCGCUUCCGAUUGCAACGCCGCACGAAUAUCGAAACACUGCAAGUUUUGCGCUAGGGAAUUUCACAAACUUGGACGGCUGGCCAUCUGGAUUCGCAUUUAUCUUGAGCUUAAUGGCUCCUCUUUAUACAACAGGGGGUUAUGACGCUAGCGUCCACAUGAGCGAGGAGGCCUCGAACGCCGCCAUUGCGAUACCAUGGGCGAUCACCGGUGCCAUUGCCAUGUCAGCCGUACUUGGUUUGGGAAUCAACAUUACAAUUGCCUUUUGUAUGGGCACCGAUCUUGUCGGCAUCUUAAGUAGCCCUAUAGGCCAGCCGAUGGCGCAAAUCUUAUACAAUUCGCUCGGACAAAGAAUGGCCUUGGGUAUAUGGUGUCUCAUCAUCUCAGCGAUGUACAUGGUAGGAUCGAACGGCCUCCUGGUCGGCUCUCGCCAGACGUUUGCAUUUGCUCGUGAUGGAGCCAUCCCAUUUUCACGAUAUCUAUACCGAAUCAACGGCUACACAAAAACACCAGUCAAUACAGUUUGGUUCGACGCCGCCUGUGCUCUAGCAAUUGGACUUCUGGCUUUCGUGAGCACCCAGGCCAUCAAUGCGGUAUUCACGAUUGCUGUCACUGCGUCGUAUGUCUCUUUCAUAACGCCGAUUGCAACCCGCUUCGCGUUUAAGAACAAUUUCAAACCCGGCCCAUUUCAUCUUGGGAAACUGAGCUUUCCGAUUGCUGCGAUCGCUGUGUCGGGGAUGGUUUUCAUGAUCAUCGUUUUCUUCUUUCCCUCCACCCCGAAAACAACCGCGCAAGAGAUGAAUUAUACGGUCGUUGUCCUUGGAGGGUACAUGUUCCUUGCGGUUUCUUGGUAUUAUUUCCCGGUGUACGGAGGCGUGCAUUGGUUCGAGGGACCUAUAUCCAACGUUACAUCGGCAAACGGAGACGGA